UCAUCUGUCAGAGCUAAAAUCAAUACUACCUGCCGUAGGUAUCGAUUUUCAGAAUUUCGUGUUCGGGUUCCUUCGAACAUGGUGCAAGUUCAUUGUAAUUUGUGAAAUAAACUGAGAUAAAUUUUUUGGCCAUUAGUAUCAGUGAGUUUAAAAAUAAAGGUGUUGCUGUCUACGACAUGGUUGGUGUUUUACGAAAGAUAAUAUGUUGAAAAACAACUGUGACGUCACAAAUCCUAAUAUUCGAGGGUGUAAGAAGUUUUUGGGGAGAACCUAAUUAAGAACCAAAAUGGGAGGCGCCGUGAGUUCGGGUCGUGAUAACAAUGAGUUGAUAGACAAUUUGAAGAGCGGAAACUACAUCCGUACGUUUGACGUGGAGAAGGUGUUCCGUGCACUAGAUCGCGCAGAGUACAUGACUCCGGAGGCCCGGGAGCAGGCCUACAAAGACUUGGCCUGGCGGAAUGGGCCGCUGCAUUUGUCAUCUCCAUGUAUUUAUAGUGAGGUGAUGGAGGGGUUAGAGCUGAAACCGGGCCUAUCCUUCUUGAAUAUUGGCUCGGGGACUGGUUACUUCAGCACCCUGGCGGGCCUGAUACUGGGCUCGGCGGGGAUCAACCAUGGCGUGGAAGUGCACCCGGCAGUCACGGAAUAUGCUGUAAAGAAAAUACGUCUGUUCUUUGAAAACUCUCCCAUAUUGGAUGACUUUGACUUUUGCGAGCCAAAGUUUUAUCAAGGUAACGGGCUGUGUCUGAACCCGCUGGUGUCCGGUUACGACCGCGUGUACUGCGGCGCCGGCUGCCCGGAGGUGUACGAGGACUAUUUCAAGAAGCUCAUUAAAGUUGGCGGGAUCCUCGUGAUGCCGUUGAACGACACCCUGCUGCAAGUGCGGCGCGUGAGCGUGGACAAGUGGACGUCGCGCAGCCUGCUCAAUGUCAGCUUCGCCACACUGCGCAUCCCCAGCGCGGAGGAGGCCGCCAACCAGCUCACCCUGGAUACACUGGCGCCAGUGCGCCUGCAGUUCUUGUCGCGGGCGGUCGUGCGCUCGGCCAUGCGCGAGGGCGUGACGCGCCGCAACCCCAUCCUGCGCGAGAAGCCCCGCCCCGCGCCGCCCGCCACCUGCCCGCGCCGCAUCUGCAUACCCAUCCAGACCGGGGGACCCGCGGAUGACAUGAACAUGCUGCACGACCUAAACAGCGAGAACGGCGCUAACGAGAUGAACGCCCUUCUGAGCCUCGUCAUCAGCAUGGGCCAGAGCCGCGUGGCGGGCGCGCUGCGCUUCGACCGCGUCACGCCCGUCGACUCCGAGGACGACGACCACGGCGAACGCCCCGACGACCCCGACGACGAAGACAAUCCCAACCCAGAGGACGUCGAACUAGCCAUCCAGGGCUACCUCGAGGAAGAGAACGAGGAAAACGGUAAUCCGGCGCUAGAAUUCCCCGAUGAUGACGAUCCCGAUAAUGACACGGACAACGAUCCUAGGAACGGUCCUGCGAACGGUCCUAGAUACGGCCCGACGUAUGGCCCUAGAAACGGUUCCAGGUAUGACCCCAGAAACGAUCCUAGAAAUGAUCCCAGAUACAUUCCGAGACCUCCUAUAGGAAGUUUAAUUCCUAGUUUCGAGUUCUUAGACUCGGAUGAUGAAGAAGGAGAUAUAUACCAUCCCGCUUUAAACGGGUACGCUUUACGAUCUGGAAUUAUAAAUCAUGCUGAUGCUUCGAGACCCGAUAAUGGCAGCAAUCCAAAGGGCACGGCCGCUCGGCCUGACAACCCCGCCAAUCUCGACGGAAAGUGCAAUCCCACGUGCAAAAGCGCUGACAAUAAUUCAAAUUGUAUUAGUCAACAGAGAUUGAUCCCCGAUCGCGAUAGCCACCUCUCGCGCAAUGCCAUCAUAAUGUCGUUGUAUGAAAGGCCGUCGACUUCCACUGAAAAGGUUAAAGCCAUCACAGAUACUGAGAACUCCACUGAUGCCCAAAGCACAGAGACCGCCGAUAGCAUCACAACUAGUCAGGAUACAAACGGUGUCCCGCCCAGGCCAGAGCUGCCUGCCGUGUCCUCGGAAGUGGAGAUCGAAUCGGCCAAGGUCUCGCAGCCCGACGCCAGCACUUCCACCAGCACGAUGGAGUGGGAGGAGACCAGCGCGGAGAACGCGGCGGCCAGCGAGGACGACACUGAAGCCUCGACCAGCAAACCCAAGAGGCAGAAGCUAGAUAGUGGAAUAGGGGAGCCAAGUGUAUCGUCGCCAGAUAAGACUGAGACCAAGACUGAGAACUCGGACACGGACAGUCAUCUACAGUCCGAUAGCCCGACUGAGGAAGCCGACGGUCCUUAUGAGGGUACGGCGUCAGAAGACGAUAGACUGGGUUCGUCAGUCGACGAAGACAAUAGACGUCGUGAUGACACAGAUAGUGAGAGUGAAAUUGAGUCAGACUCACCUACGGAGGACUCGGAAGUAUUUUUGGAUGAUGAUGGGCACCCGCGCGCGCGCUCGCCGUCGUACUGGCAGCCGUCGCCCGAGGAGCUGGCUCACCAAGCACGCAUGCAGCGGCGCCUGGCGCGCGGCGGCGACGCGCGGCGCGUGCGCCUGUCCAUACUGAUGAAGCGCGCCGUGCGCGAGCUGCCGCUACCCUACGCGCUCAAGAAGUUUGUCAACCUUGGCCGUUGCUUCGAGUUUUAAGCCCGAUCAUAAUGUGGACGGGACGUAAAGUUAACCAUUUCUAUCUCUCGAUGUUAAAAUAAGAAUAAAUAUAUAAUAUUCGAUUAAUGGAAAGAAUGGAAAGUACCAAGAAUGCUCUAUGGAUUUGAUAGGCAAGCCACGAUACCAGUAGGUCGUAUCGUGGGAGGUGGGAGGCAAUUUAUAUUUAACGUUUUGAACGCGUAAGGACUGAAUUAUUAGCGAUUUUAUUAUUUGUGACGUUCACAGAAUAAUAAUGACGGGAUUUGGCAUCUUUAUAUUUUUAACUAGUUAUUGGAUAACUGAAUGAAGCUGAAAUUCUUAAAACAUGUUAGGUUUGGAUGACAAUGCACGGUAGCUUAGUGACAUCAAUUUAAAUCCAAUAUGGCGGACUCUCAAAGAUGGCCGGCCAAUUAUUUGUAAUGCACCAUCAUGAUAUGAGUGUAUAAUGAAGUGGUAAAUUAAUUUUGCCAUGUUAGUAUAGGGGGCUACAAUCUUGGACUGAAUUUUUAACUAGUUAUCCAAAACCGAUGAAGCUAAAAUUCUUAAUACACGUUUGACUCAUACUGGUAGACUUCACAUGCAUUUGAGAACGUUAUGGACAACUCCCAAGCAUGCUGGUUUCCACGCAAUGUUUUCCUUCACCGUUAAAACUGGUGAUAUUUUAAUUUCUUAAAUUAAAAACUCACAUAACUCCGAAAAGUUACAUGUCCGUGUCGAACUCGGAAAUGGUAGCUAAGUGUCAUCAUUCUUAAUCCAAUAUGGCGGACCCUCAAAGAUGGCCGACCAAUUAUUUGUAAUGCACCAUCAUUAUUUGGGUAACAUA